AUCAUCUGAUAGAAUUGACCAGCUACUUUCACGACACCACUCUUUCAAGCUCGGAGUUGCUCACGACUGCGGCAGGAUGGCUGAAGCGGAGCUCUCUGGUUCUCCAAGCUUCCCUCGUAUGCUCGCCAUCUUCUUUGCCAUCUUUCAUCCAACGGCUGGACCUAGUGUCAUUCAUCAGGUACCGCACAAUUUUGUGUCGACCGGCACCGAAAGUACUGCUGGCAAAGUCAACUUUGACACCAUCUCUGAAUAUGUGAUUCCGAAGAGACAGCUUUGCGAUCGCAUGGUAGCCACAUGCGUCUCGGGCUACCGAAUACUGGGCUAUCCGAUACACAUGCUCGGAUCGCAUUACGAGCGGAAUGCAUUCAUCUUCAAUUGCUGCGUUGUCUUUGAUGAAGCGGACGAUGCAGCCAGCUAUAUACCGGUGGUCAAACGGCUCGCCAACACGCUCAAGAAUAUGGAGGAGCUCAAGGGCAGCUUGAGCACCGAAUCCGGCCGCGGUGUGGUCUACCAUGUCAUCGAGCAAGUCUUGGAGGACCUCAAUAACUAUUGCGAAUGCAUGAUCCCAAUCAUUGACGACGAGGUGACGCUCAACAUUAAGCUAUUUCCGAGUUAUCGUCGACCGCCCGUCAUUCGCGACUGGCAUGUACCAGUGCCGACCAUCAAUCUCAAAGGCAUGAUUGACCAGGAUUGGGAUCUCACGAUGCAGCGAGUCAUCCCCCAUAUUGACGGCGUCUCUUCUGUUAGACGCAUCGCCGAACUCAGCGAUGUCGAUCCAAACUUGGUUGCAAGAGCCAUGCAGCACCUCUAUUACUAUGGUUGUCUUAUAACAACAGACAUCUUUCAGUUUGGUGGCAUGUAUGCUACAACGCCAGAAUUGAGCCUCUUGACUAUUGACGACGGCAUGCAAGCUGAAUGUCUUGCCUACAUCUCGCGCGAAGAAGAUCUCUCCUUUGCCGUAGUAUUCGCGCUCUACGCAUCCCUCAAGAGUGGCAAGUCGCUGCGAGAGUGGAUCACAGUCAAUGCUGGCGGACUACAAGGCAUCGAUAUUCGUCGCUUCAUUACGUUUGGGGUCAUCAAGGGUUUCCUGUACCGAGUGCAUACCUUUCCUUACUUGGUCAAAGACCAAUGUAUCGAGGGCGAAGUGUCAGAAUGGGCUGAUGGUACACGUCAUCUAGACGAGCUCUCGGUCAUGCUCAAAAGGUCGCCAGUCGAUUUGCUAGCAGAGCUGAAACGUGCAGGCUCGCUGCAGCUCAUUUAUCGGUGAAGCAAGAACCAGGGGCAUUCCACUUCGUCGUCACCGGCCCAGUCAUCGAAACCAAAGAGAGUACCCUGCUGUUGAAUUGUGAAGCUUGGGUCAAGUUGUGCAUGAAAGGACUGAAUGAAGUCGUGGUUACUGGAUCGCUUCGGAUAAGCAAGCAGCGCAUAUCCACCUUGACGCACAAAGCGAGUCAGCAUCUUCGCAACAAGGUCC